CCCGCGCAGUAUUCUCCAUAUUUUCCACCACCUUUCCACAAUCCGAAGGUUGGCUUGUGUGUUUCUCCAACAGCCACCUCAGGACAUCAGCACAGCAACCACCCCCUCGGACAUCAGGACAGCAGGACACCGGGGCGUGUUUCACUGGCGUGUUGUCGCCCCCGCUGGCCAAGGACAAUGUCAUCGCGAUUGCGGGUUGUGGCAUUGCCCAUGGCCGCGGCAAUGCUGCUGUUCAUGCUUGCCGUGGCGUCGAGUAGGAGCGCCGAGACUUCUCCCGACAAACCAUCUCCACCUUCAGAACCAUCCCACUCGGCAACAACAACAACAACAACAACAACAACAACAACAACAACAACAACAACAACAACAACAACAACAACAACAACAACAACAACAACAACAACAACCACACACCCUCGGCAGCGUGUGGCACGCGCCGUUGAUGAUGUGCCCCUCGGUCGCACACUCAAGUGCCAUGUGGCCCAGCUCCUCAACAACACCUGCGUGCCACCGCAAACGGAAGCCCCAUACGACGCCCUCGUAUUGGAGGCCUGGGAAGAAGGCUUGUUGGCAGCAGACACGAUCGGCCCCAAUGCACCGGUGAACAUCGCAUCAGCUAUGUGCGCCAUCCAACCUCACACCCUCGUCAUCCAAGGACCCGUGCCGCUUCCAAAGUUGGCCGAUAUCCUCAGCAAGGUGGAACAGGCAGAUGUUGACAGCACCACCUGCGACAGCAGCGAUGCCGUUUGGUCGAGUGUGCAGACCCUCAGCAUCCGCAACGUCUCAUCCCCCUUCCUGUACCUCAACCAACUCAACCCGCUCAACUCCCUCACCGCCCUCGACAUUGAUGGCGGCAGCCUCGUCAGCAUCGAGAGCACCGACACCAACACCAACACGGGCACCAACACGGACACCAACACCAACACGGAUGCCGCCGCUGACGACGCAGCAGCACCCGCCUUCCACCGCGCAGCGCACCUGAUUCGUUUCACCGUCAUCAACACCCGCCUGCGCGAGAUAGGCAGCGACCUCUUCCACGGCAUGACGCAGCUGCAUACCUUGAGCCUCCUCAACAACCAGCUCACCUCCCUCGCACAGACGGCAUUUCAAUCGCAAACACAGCUCAAGGUCCUCGACCUCGCAUACAACCAACUCACAAACCUCCACAACCAGACAUUUCAUGCGCUCUCACAGUUGGAGUCGCUUGACCUCUUUGCCAACGACAUGGUGGAGCUUGACCCCGGCCUUUUCCAGUCGCAGUCGGCGCUGCAGAACCUCUCCUUUGGCGGGUCCCCCAUCAAAUCCCUGCCCACCACUCUUUUCCACAACACCCACAGCCUCACCUUCCUCAACGUGACCUUCACUGCCUUGGAGGAGCUCCGCGACGAGCACUUUCGCUUCACCACCGCCCUGCAACAGCUUCUCCUUCGCCGCAACUUCCUGGCCUCCAUUUCACUCACCCCGCUCACGCAACUGCAAGAGCUGAUUGUUUCCCACAACAGGCUGAAGAAGUUCAAAGCGGACAUGUUCCCUGAACACAUGCCGCACCUGACAAGGCUCCUGGCCGUCGGCUGCGGCGCUGACACCUUCGACGCAGCAAUCGUCAACCGCGCACCAGCUCUCGAAAACCUCAGCCUUCAGGACAACAAGCUUGAGGCCAUCCCGCCUGUCAACAAGCACGAGGCCUUGCGUAUCCUCGACCUGAGCAACAAUGACAUCAACACCAUCGACCCCGACAUCCUGCAUGGCCUGUCCAGCCUCAGGCACUUCUCCGCCAGCUUCAACAACCUCAAGCACGUGCCCCGCCUCAACCUCACGCAGCUCAAGUCUCUCCGUCUGCAUGACAACCGCAUCACCGCCCUGCCAGAUGUGACGGGCAUGCCUGCGCUGCGCGAGCUGUACUUCCUCAACCACUUCGCCAAGGAGCUCGACCUGACCUCCCUGUUUCAGAUGCCAGAACUUGAGCGACUGGAGAUUGGCGCGUCCCCAGACCUGGAAGGCGGGUCCAGGCUCGUGGCGCCGAAGAAUCCACACCAAGGGUUCAUCACAGCGCCACUGCACACCAUCAUUGCCGAGAACGUGGACGUGCGCGUGCUGGGCACAGAUUUCUUGCCCGACCUGAAUCUUCAUGCACUGCAGCUUGGCUGGGAGGGCAUGGAUGAGACGAACCUGCGCUUGGAGCACGUCUGCAAGGUUCUCCACCACACUGUCGCCUACUUUGGCCUCAAAGGCACCGCCUACAAGACCAUGGACCUGUGCCCUGACCACGUCUUCAACUUUCUCAUCUUGGACAACAACAAGCACCUCCAGACGUUGAGCGUGUACUCCGAUGUACAGCACCUCAACGUCUCUGGCUGCACCAGCCUCACCACGCUUCGCGUGCCCAGCGCAAAGGUGCUCGACAUCAGCGAGACGCGUGUGCCCCCGACCCGCGCCCUGUGCCGAGAGCUCGGCUCGCGCAUGCUCGUGGCGCAGAAGUGGUUUGCCCCGAGAGAUGCUGCCAAGAAAGCGCCACGCAACAGCAACAGCCACAGCAGCCGCGACCGUGACGGCAACGGGCCGUUUCAGCAGCUGAUUCUGCGGUGCUUGACCUUCAGUGACGUGGGCGUGUUGGAUCUGAGCAACAACGACUGGAUCAACAGGCCACAGGACCUGGAGAAGACGUUCCUUGGGCCCAUUCUGACCGGGACCGAGCCAGGGUUCACGCUUGACUUUAUCCAGCUCGACUACCGCCGCACCAUCCCCAUCCUGCAGCUAACAGGCGCACCUGUGGAGUGUCAGCUGCACCUUGAGUCGAGGCGCGUGCGCAUGGUUGGAAAUGUGCACAUGCAAGGCCGCAGGCUGGCGUACCGGUUUGAGUGCGGGUGUGCGACUGGAUAUUCAAUGUCCUCAAUGGAAGGCACGUGCUCGCGCAAGUCACAGGACGUGACGCUGGCUGUGCUGUUGACCGUGCUGGUUGCCGCGCUCGUGCAGGGCGCUGCGUUUCUCGUGUACCGGCAGCGGCAGUGGCGCCGUCGGCUGAAGGCGCACGAUGACCUGAAGAUGCAGCUGCUGUCGGAGAAGGAUGCGGAGGUGCUGGAGCUGAAGGCUGCGCGUCAGAUUGACAUGCACGAGCUUGACCUGCUGCGGGUGAUGGCCACGGGCGCGUGCGGAGAGGUGUGGGAGGCGACGUGGGACGCGGUGCGCGUGGCAGUGAAGAUAGUGCGGCCGGGCUUGUUGGAGUUUGAUGACUCGACCAUGCGGGAACUGGAGAAGGAGGUGGAGUUUCUGCAGCGCACGCGCCACAUCAACCUGGUGCGGUUCUUCGGCGCCGGUCGCGACAUUGACACGGGCGCCCCGUUCCUGGUGCUGGAGUACGUUGCACUCGGCUCACUCCGCCAGAUCCUGGAAGAGGGCAGCGUGCAGGACGUGCUGGCCAAGUAUGGGCAGGCGCUGCCGUCUGUGGAGGAUGACGAUGCCAGCACUGCGCCGGCGAGUGGCCCCCUCGUCCCUGUUGCUGGCGCUGGCCUUGGUGUCAGUCGUGAUGAUGAGGAUGAGGAUGACGAUGGUACGAUGCUUGAGUCUGUGUUUGUUAGCAAUGGCGUUGAUGUGGAUGCUGGCAGCAGUUACAACAAGUGUGCCGAUGACUGGUCCACGGGCGACGUGUCGGAGCGCACAUCCGUGUCGUCGUUGUCAUCAGCAACAUCGCAACUGCAUGGGCGGCGGCGCACCGUGAAUCGUGUGCGCGUGCAGACGGUCCACGGCCUGAAGAAGCGCUGGGCACAGGACGUGGCGUCCGGCAUGGCCUUUAUCCACAGCCUGGGACAGCUGCACAGGGAUUUGAAGAGCGGAAACGUUCUCAUUUCCACUGCGCUUCGUGCGAAGAUCACGGAUUUCGGCACCAUCACGCAGCGCAUCACUGCUGGCAAACCGCUGGCAAACACCGGCACCACCAGCAGCAGCGGCAGCAGAGGCAGCGGCAGUCGCAGCAGUGGUGACGGGCGCGCGCGAAACGCGUGGAUGGACUCGGCGGGAGGGAGUGGCGGUGUUGUGGAUGAGAACGAGCUGUGCUACACCAAGGAGAUUGGCUGCACAACGCUGCAGCUGACGUCUGGUGUCGGCACGCCGCUGUACAUGGCGCCCGAGGUGCUGCAGUACCACAGCUACGACGGCAAGGCGGACGUGUUCAGUUACGGUGUGCUGUUGUGGGAGAUUGAGAUGGAGCGCACGCCAGACAUCAUUGAGCAGGAGCUUGGCAGUGACUUUUCGGGCCCCAUGAUGGGUGCCCUCUCAUCAAUCCUCAAAGCGGGCAAGCGGCUCAAGUUCCCAAAGCGCAGCACCGCAGUGGACCCGGCGCCGCUUUGGUACACAAACUUGGCCGAGCAGUGCAUGACGCAAGACCCGGAACAGCGCCCAACAUUCGCAGAGCUGGAGGAGCGCUUGAAACGUGUGUCGUUGUUGUAGUCGUCGUGGUGGUGGUGUGAGUGUGUGUAUGUGUGUGUAUGUGUGUGUAUGUGU